UUUCUGGAGCCCACUCAGUACUGAAUGCAUUGGGGCGAUGCAGUGCUGCAGCGCCAGGAUAUACCGGUAUUUUUUAAUAACAGGUACAACAUGUCGUUAAUAUAAAGUCACUGACUGUUAUUUAUGCGAAUUAAUGCUUGAUUAUGUCAAGAAUUUUCCCUGAAUAAGUUAAAAGCAUUGCAAGCCCGCUGUGAAAGAGCUCUACGGGCUCCAGAAAAUGGCUCCACUAUUUACUAACUUCGCCCACUCGUGACAUCAUUUUCCUGUCCUUGACUUUAUAGCAGGUAGUUUUUUUUGUUCGGAAUUGAGCCAAUCAGAAAGCGGCUACGGUGGCUCGGAAGAGACAAAAAAAAAAAAGGAACGGAAGCGAAUCGAAGCUGCGCGUCCGUGCCAUGGCGGACGAUUUCUGCAGGCUGUGCCACGAUUCGUUUUGCAAGCCCGGCUGUCAGAAAAUCUUGAGCCGGGUUCACCUGUUCAGAGCCUGCGAGAGGGGAGAAGCCGAGGGGCUGCAUUUGAGCCAGGAGCUCGCCCGGAUCGGCAUAGAGCUGGGAGCCCGCGGGGGAGAAGGAGAAGGAGAAGGAGGGAGCGAGCAGGGGGAGGAGGGGAGGCUGUCGAGUUUCGUGUGCCUGAAUUGUUUCAAACAGUUCCUUCACGUUUUAACUCAAAUCGAGGCGUGGCGGGACAAAGCGCACCGCAAGCCUGCGCAAGUGAAAGCAGAUAAUAGUAAUGACGAAGAGAGGACGGAUGUCCAAGGGGACAUGGAACUGGAGGACAGCAAGCAGGACAUCCCCCGGCUGGACCCAGACCAGAUGGCAGAGGGUGUAUUUGACGUGGAGGUGGUCCAGGUGAAGGAAGAGGAAAUGGAAGUGUCCAUCGAUCACGCGACCCAGGAGGAGGGGUGGAAAACACAGACCGAGGAUUUGAAAGUGGAUGAGGGACCCAGUCCGGACCCCGUGCCAAAACCCCUUUCAAAGACGGAUCCUGUAAAAAACUUCACAGCGACACCCGGGACACCCGUUGAAGAUCCCGCAGGCCGGACGCUGAACCCCCACCUCCCUCUGCUGCAGCAAAUCGCCCGGCAGAUUUCUCUCGCUUCGGAAAACGCGCUACCCGUCCGCGUGGCGGUGGCAGCGGCGUCCGAUAACUCGCCGAUCCCGUCAGCGGCGCCGAACUCUGGGCUUCGACUGGUCGGCGCUCCCCCCGGACCGAUCAGGCUGGUCCGAAUGCAGAACAGAGAAGUCCGGCUGGUCGGUCGGCAGGAACCCGCUUUGCAGACCCAACAUCAGCCGAUCAGGCUGCUCCAAAUGCAGAACAAAGAGGUCAGGCUGGUGGCUCCCGGACCGGGAGUGGUGAGCUUUCAAACCCGACCGACGCCGCAGAACCAGACUUGCGCGGUCGACUCGCUGAGUCCUACGGGUCAGCGGGCUGGAAUUCGGUUGGUUCCCGUACGGGCGCUGCCGGCUGCGAAGGAAGAACUGGGCGGCUUGAUUCGAGUUAACCUCAAUCAUAAGCCGAACCCCGAGUCGCAGGCUGCCGGCAGCAACAGCAGCAUCCGGGACGAGGCGGUGGUGGUGGUGGUCGGUCUCCCAAACGCCGCUUCGCAACCGAAGGAAAAUCCGGCAAACCGGUCUCGAGUCGACGGGCUUGACCUUGUGAUGGCUUACCGGAGCCAGCUCCCCAAAACCGCUACGCCCUCGAUCUUGACCCCAGCCCCAGCCCCAGCCCCGGCCCCAAGAGUUUCACUCUCCUCUUCUUCUUUGGAGGGUUCGGAAGCGGACGAGGACGAGGAAGGCCGCGGCGCGAAAAGUUCUUACAUCUGCACCCACUGCGGGAACUCCUUCUCCCGGAUGAGCAGUCUCCACCGGCACCAGGACACCUUGCACCCCCGGGUCCGCGCCCCUUCCUACCCCUGCCCCGAGUGCGGGAAGAACUUCACGGAUUCGGGGAACCUGCGUCAGCACUGGCGGAUCCACACGGGCGAGAAGCCGUACUCGUGCGGGGACUGCGGCCUUCGCUUCCGCUUCAAGGGGAACCUCAACUCCCACCAGUGCAUCGACGAGGAAGAGACGCCUUUUUCCUGCCAGGUCUGCGGGAAGAAUUUUCGCCGCCCGGAAGGGCUGGAGAGGCACGUCGCCGCGGCUCACCGGGAGCCCGGGGCCGGCGGGUACGAGUGCGUCGUCUGCGGGAAGCGGUUCUGGAACCGGGAGCUGCUGAAGUCCCACGGGAGGGUCCACACGGUUCAGAAGCCGUACUGGUGUCAGGAAUGCGGGAAGCGUUUCCGCCACCUGUCCACUUUCAACUACCACAAGCGAACGCACCUCCGGGAGGCCCCGCACCGCUGCGACAAGUGCGGCCGGGCCUUCGCGGAUCAGGAGGCCCUGGAGGGCCACAGCAAGGUGCACGGGAGCGAGGCCCCGUUCCGGUGCGAGGUUUGCGGGAACGGGUUCAGGCUGCGGUCGCAUUUCCGGUCCCACCAGAGGAUUCACUCCGGGGAGACUCCGUACGACUGCGCGGAGUGCGGGAGGAGUUUCAGCCAUCUGGGGGCUCUGCGGUUCCACGUGCAGAACCACGAGCGAGGGAAGAAGGAGGAGGAGAAGAGUGAGAACGGGAAAGCUGAGUGAGGAGGAGAGGCCUCUGUGGGGGGGGGGAGGCUGUUGUCAUGAAACGGGGGGGUGGAAACUCGGAUCGGACAGUUGAAAAGAAUCGAACGGAAAAACGCAACAGACUCUUCUGUUGUUUGUUGGAGAUUCCUAUCCGUUCCUAAUUUAGGUGAAGUUAUUUUCUGCUGAUGCAGCUCUGUGGUGGAUCCUAGUUCUUUUGUUUCUGACUGAUCUUCUCUUUUUUUAUUCCAACUUAAGAUCUGGAUUAACUUCAUUGAUCUAAUUUAUUUGUUCAGUCGGACACAUAUCCCCCCGCCUCCCGCCCCCCACAACGGGUCUUUUUAGUUUCUGAAAAAUGCACUUCCUUUCAAGAUUCAAGGUCACACGACCCGUGAAACAUUGUGAGGCCUGGGAGAGAAGGGUUCGAGUGUGUUCCAAUUAGUCGAAUAAUAAUUGAAGCCUGAAAGACGCCCUCCCCCCUCCAGGAACUGAGUUUGACACCCCUGGUCGAGCUAAUAACCUUUAACUAUCGGCCGUUCGUUCCCAGUAUAACUUCACGACAACUUUGUACGUUUUUUAUAAGCUGCUCCAGGUUUCAGUGGUUAAAGAAAAGGGGUCUUGAUACCAGGAGGUUCAAAUCACCCAGCUCAGCCACUGACUCCCUGUGUGUGUGUGACCCUGAGCAAGUCACUGAACCUCCUUGUGCUCCGUCCUUCGGAUGAGGCGUCAAACAAACAAGCUCCUAUUGGAAGUGACUCUGCAGCAGCAGCAGCAGCAGUUGUUGACGAUGCAGAGUUCACCCACCCAAGUCUCUGUAAAUCGCUUUGGAUCUAAGUGUCUGCAAAAUGUCUCAUUAAUAAACUGGAUUGUAAAUUGACCUGAAACAC